AUGGAGAAUCAAACAAAGGAGAGUAACCUAAAUGAAGAAAGAAAAGAAAACCCUGCUUCGAAUGAUGAGGGGAACAAUAUUGAUGACUCUCAACUCGAUGAAUUAUUUGAAGACUUUUUAAAAGAUGUUGAAAGCAUUACAUCAAAUCAAAACACCCCCAAAGAAACAAAUAAGCUAAAAAAGGAAGAUGCUGAAAAGGAAAUAAACAGAAUAUUAUCUAAUAAGAAUAGUUCACCAUUUGAAAUACUUGGAAUACAUCAAAAUAUAAAUCUUGAUAUUAUAAAAAAUAGAUAUAGACAAUUAUCAAUUCUUAUUCACCCCGAUAAAUGUAAACUUGAAAAGGCAAAUGAAGCGUUUCAUAUUUUAAAUACAGCAUAUGAAGAUUUAAAGAGAGAUGAUAUUAAAGAACAAUAUAAAAGUGUUUAUGAAGUUGCAAAAAAAAAUAUCGUAAAAAGAUUAAAUUUAAAAAAAAAGAAAAAUGAUAUAAAUGAAUAUCUAAAUAUAGAAGAAGAAGAGUAUGAAAUUACUAAAGAAAUACAGCAAUUAAUCAAUGAAGAAUGCGAAGUUUUACUCAAACAACAAAAAGAAAAAUUUGAAUAUGCUCAAAAAUGUAAACUAGCUAAUUUGAAAUAUGUUCAGGAAAAAGAAGAAGAGAAAUUAAGAGAAGAGCUCAAAAAAGAAGAGGAAAAAAAAUUAUGGGCAGAAAGGCGUGACGAAAGAGUAAACAGUUGGAAAAGCUAUAAAAAUGAAAAUAUAAAAAAUGAAAAAGAAUUUCAUUUAUAUAAAAAUAUUAGUAAAAGAAAAGAAGAACGAACAGAAGAAGAACAAGAGCAAAUUAAAAAAAUGUCUAUAAAAAGUAAUAUGGACAACCAUGCAUAUAAGAAGCGAAGAAAAAAGUGA